UCCAUCACAUCCGAGAAUGCCGCCACGCCUAUAUCAUGGCGGGCUCCUCCACUUUUGCCGUUCAUACACUCGUGAAAAAGUAUUAUCCAAAUCCAAAUCACCAUCUAAAUCACUAUGCAUUCCACUGCAAGCCUCUGCUCGUCAAGGUACGGUCAUCGUUGGGGAUUUGCAAAUUGCAAUUUCAACUGUAACUUAACGUCCCUCGACAUCUUCGGAAACCAAAAAUUGGAUUUCCUGCAGAACGAUCGUGAACUGCACGGAGGGAAUGAAGGCAGAAGAGUGCUCUCCAACCUUUCUUGGCUGCCUCAUUGUCCUGUUCCUGAUUCGAUAGAUCUUGUGGCCCCUUCUACCCACGAUGAUCCUGAAAAGACUGCCCAACAUCGUGUUCGAGCUUCUCGGAUAGAUGUGAAUGGAAUAUCGUAUGGUAUCGCCGACGCCACUGGAAAUAAUGCUUCCCUGGCUACGCUCAUGCCUGAUUUCAGAGCUCGCCAAAAGGACAAGGCGCCAUCUGCUGUAUCUGGGAAAGCGAAGGUUUCUCUGGCACAGACUAUUGCUCGCUUGGAAAGGGAGGUGCCACCGCCCACAGGACAUGUAUGUUUGGUAUUCACAGACAUACGGAAUUCAACCCAACUGUGGGACAAGAAUCCCGCCAUGUCGACAGCGAUACAUCUGCACAACAAUUUUCUCUUACAACAUCUUCUAUAUUGCGGUGGCUACAUGGUCAAGACAGAAGGCGACUCAUUUAUGUGCGCCUUUCCGACAGCCCUUACCGCGGUAUGGUGGUGUGUUACUGCCCAGAUUCAACUUCUUCACGUACCCUGGCCUCAAGAAAUACUAGAUUGUGAAGAAGGCAAAGAGGUCUACGAUGAACACGGAGACCUUCUUGCACGUGGCCUUUCCGUCCGUAUGGGCAUCCACUCUGGAACCCCAGCAUGCGAACUAGAUCCUAUCACUUGCCGCAUGGAUUAUCUUGGGUCUAUGGUCAACCGAUGCGCCCGUAUCAGUGCCAGUGCGUUGGGUGGACAAAUUAUGUGCAGCGCUGAUGCUGUUCGCGAAGUCAAUGCGAGUUUGUUCGAUUGCGGUCUAGCCUCGAAACCUCAAACAGCUCGGGCUAUCGAAGAAAUCCGGCAACUGCAGACGGUUUUUCUCCCUGCCAGUGAAAUCAAAUUGAAGGGACUAGAAAUUCCGGAGAUGGCUUCCCUUGUCUACCCUGCAGCCCUCCUAGGACGUCAGCGGUUGGUCGAGUCUGGGUUGAAUCCGAACACGUUUCCGUCAUUAUCCAGCCCCGGAUCACCAGCAGAUUCUUAUACCAAUGGCACCGCUGCACAAGUUAUCUGUGACCAAACUCUAUCCGAUGAUGCGUGUCUGGAGAGAUGAGCUUGCGUCUCCCUACCUACUAGACCUGUCCAUUUCCAUAGCGCUCUGAUAAUCGUAUUUGUGCUCUUUUGUCAGGAAUGUAUAUUGUCAAGCGUUGUGUCUCUGGCCUCCAGCACCCAGCAAACGAUUUUAUAUAAACAAGUGAUAAAGAUUAAAUAAGAUGUUCAAAAAUGGUAAAGUUAAAACAUAGUAAAUCACAUCCCAAGAAAUUUCUUUGAACUAUAGACUAAGUGUGACGACUUACAUUGCACAGCCGGGCCUUGAGCUUGAAUCACUGGCUUUGAUGGAAGGUGUCCAAGCACUCGCUUGGCC